CAGAGUGAGGCUCGAUGGCUCCACAUGACAAGGAAAAAAAUACUUUUAGUUAAUGAAUUUUGAGGUACUUACAUGAUUCCAGUGAAAUAAAAAUAAGUAGUUUGGGACAAUUUCCUUUGAGGGUUUCAAGAAUGUUAUCAAGUCCAGUUUCUGUGGGGAAGCAUUCAUUGGCAGCAGGUAGGCCUAGUUGAAUGCCAGCCUGUGUCUGUCACCGGACUUGGCCUCUGCAGCAGGUUUAAUGUUUAAUCUCUUCUCCCGCUUCCUGCCACAGUGCCUUUGUGUUUUACUUUCUGAAGCCAUUUUAGCACAGCCAUUCUCACUUUACAGCAAACCAGUCUGUUCUGACAACAAGUUUGAUAGAGUUCUCUAAGAUGUACAGCUGCUAGACUCUAAUUUGCCCACUAGCUACAGCAAAAUGACGGACCUCGGCAGAUUAUAUUCAGAUGACGUCUCAUCCUCUCAAAGUGAAGAUGUCAACAGAGCACAUGCGGAGGAGGAUCCCACAAAAAUUCAGGAUGAUAACAUUGAAGACUCAAGCUUCUCCUCUGAUCGGGGCAGUUCAGCCAAGCAGAAGGACAACACAGAAGCUAAAAAGAAGACUAAAAAGAGUGUCUUUCUGAAACCAUGGACUGGUGUGUUUAAGAAAUGGAAGAAGACUGAUUCUGAAUCGCUUUCAACAUCUUCAGGGGGAAUUAAAAUGCUACCCAAUGGCACAAGAUGUAGUCCGCCUGUUUCUCCAUUGCUGGACAGAAAACAUUGGGAUGCUCGGGAUGCUCUUUCUGGUGACCUCAAACCAAACUUUCCCCCAGGUUCAGGGGGAUACACAUAUGACACCCUUGAAUCCGAACUGACCAGUAUCCAUCCAGCAGAGUACUAUGCUGAGAAGUUAGAAGUAUACAAGUUAAAGUACUCCUACCUGAAGUCUUGGCCUGGCCUCUUAAGGCUGCUCGCUGGCCUUCAACUUGUAUUCGGCGGGCUGGUUUUUGCCUGCGUAUGCGCGUAUAUUCAGAGAGACAGUGAGUGGUCCAACUAUUCAAGGCCAAAUUAUGGAUUCACUGAUAUGAAAGGAUACCGUUACACUGGACCCAUGACAACUUUUGUGUUGGUCAUUGUUGGACUCUCAUGGAUGCUGACCGUUAUCCUGAUGGUUUUGGGAUUAACCAUGUAUUACCGAACGAUCCUUCUGGAUUCCAAAUGGUGGCCUCUCACUGAGGCUGUUAUUAAUCUAGUCCUUUCGUUGUUGUACAUGGCAGUGGGUAUCGUCUAUGUGAAUGAUUUGAAUCGUGGUGGGCUUUGCUUCAUGACGGUCGGUGUCAACCCAGUCCUGUCUAAUCUGUGUCGUGUUGAGGGUGGUCAGAUGGCUGGUACUGCAUUUAUGUUCAUUAACAUGCUCAUGUACUUGAUAAGCUUCUUGGUGUGCCUUAAAAUGUGGAAGCAUGAAGCUGCCCGCCGUCAGAGAGAGGGCUUGACCAGCCAGAUGAGCAGCCAGUUACAGCAGCAGACUCUGGAAUCCACAUCCAAUAUGGGCAGCUCCUCGACUAGAUCCAAGAAAAUUUCAUUCAAAGAUGAAAUGGAUCAAAGCUCUGUGAAUAAGAGCAGGCUGGCUUAUGUCUCAGAGAGAGCUGAGGAGCGAAAGAUUUUAACUGGAGCUAUUCCAGUUGGACACAUUCCUAAACCCAGAGUCGUCGCUGAUUAUGUUAUAAAAUAUCCUGAAAUUCAUUCAUUAGAUGACAGAGAGCAAUACAAAGCAGUCUUUAAUGACCAAUACCAGGAGUACAAGGAACUACACAAGGAGAUCACAGCCACUUUAAUGAAGUUUCAGGAAUUAGACACCAUGAUGAGCCGACUCCUCAAUAACAGGAGAAACCCUGAGGAGAGUAAGAGAAUCAAUGGCUUACUGAAAACAUAUGAACAAAAAAAGAACGAUCCCUACUUUCUAGAGAAGAAGGAACGAUGUGAAUAUCUAAAAGCAAAACUAAGCCACAUCAAGAUGAGGAUUCGUGAUUUUGAUCAAAAUUUCACUACAAAGGACAGCAAUUACUAAAAAAAAUAUAUUAUUUAUUU